CUCGAAGGCGCUUUGGUUAUCUGCGAAUAAAGUUAUUCUACUUGCCGUCAAAGAGGCAACAGGCCUGCAAUCAAGGUUGGUUCUGAGUACCAAAAUGUUCAAGAACAUGUUUACUAUCGUGAAUUUGUUGGGUAGUAUAUAAUAAUGUAUCGUUACAAAAGUAAAUUUCACAAGAUACUUCCUUGAACCUUCUUUGCUAGAUUUUGAUCCAAAAUUUAAAAAUAAACGCUAAACAACUGCAACAAUGUUGAUCUCUCCCGAGUUGAUUCGCCGGCCCUGAUCAAUUUUAAAUAAAAUUUUCUCGACAGAGGAUAGGACAUGAUUAUGAUGACGGCAAAUGACUCCGUGACGGGACUCAAAAUCAAUUUUUGGCGCCACUAAAUUUGUUUACUCUGUUGUUUACGAAGGGGUUGCACUUACCAUAAAUAAAUUUUACUAAAUCAUUCAUAGCAACCGAAAAAAAAGUGUGAGCACACCCUUAAAAGCGAAAGUUGGUUUCACGUUAUAACCUCAAGAGGCCAUUUGUACGUCUCAAAGAAGAAGAAGAAUAGAAGAAGAAAUAGAAAAUACACCGGCAAAUAUCAACUCACCAAGAAAUUACGAGAUAAUAAUAGACUAGAGGCGGGACCUCAAAACGAAAUCAACCAAGAUAUUAAACAGCAGAUGGAUUCCAGUAACUUAUCUCCUCCUGACAAUGACAUCGAUCAUGACAAUGAUUACGAGGAUGAUGAUGAUGAUAAUGAUAACAAUGAUAAGUCAUCUGCCGAGUCUGAGCCAAUGGAUUUUAUUUAUGACGUAGAGGAAGCAUGGCAAAAUUUUCAUGAUGUAAGUGCUGAGGAAGAUAGUGGAACACGUUUAAGAGACAAUGAGGAGACUGAAGAUAACAAUAUACAACUAAGUAACAGGAGUUAUCAACUGCAACGUUUACAAAAGGUUAAAUCAUUAGAAGAAGUUUCCUCAGAUUACAGUUCUCCAGCGUUUUCCCGUACAAAGAGCAAAAGUUUUGAUUUGCUGGAUGAUGAAACAGAAAGUGGACUAACAUUAACUGUUGAAUUGGAGCAUUCACCUGGGAGUAUGUCUUCUAAAUUAGACAAAUUUCAUAAAGAACUGGCUGCAAAGGAUGCCUUAAUUACGGAGUUGACAUCUCAGAACAGAGACCUCAUUCUUCAAACGGGAACUGUUACUGAUGAGAAUGUAAAUGAGCAACUAAAAACACAAACUCGACUUGUUUCGGAAUUAAUGCUUGAGUGUUCGAAGAAAAACUCAGAAAUUAAUCAUUUAAAAGCUGUUGAAAAAAGUUUUAAACAAACCAAGCAAGUUCUGAAGGAUACAACAUGGACGCUUAAAGUUAGAGAAGAAGAACUCAAAAAUAUUAAAAGUGAAAUGAGAGAAAAUUAUGAAAAAAGGCUAAAUGAGUUGAUGAUACGACUGAAUGAACGAGAAAUAAAAUUGACCACUGCACGAAAUGAAAAUAAUAUCUUAGCAGAGGCUGAAAAAGAUGCAAAUCUCCGGAUUCAAGAAUUAAUGAAACAAAUUAACCUACUUCGAGAGGAAAUGGAUGUUAAAAAUGCUGAAAUUAAAGACCAUAAAGGAUAUCUAGAGGAACUAAAGCUUGCCAAUACUUCUCUUAAGGAAGAACUUUCCAAGGAGGGAGAAGCAAUGGUUUCAAGUGCCAUAACGCAAACAGAAGUUGACAAUGAAUAUAUGAAUAAUGAGAAACAAGAAUGGAUGAAAGAGAAAGAGAAUUUUCUUAUGUUACUACAAGAAAAAAAUGAUACAAUGCUAUCAAAAGAAGAGAGAUAUCAAAUAGAAGUCAGUCGUCUACACAAUGAAAUUGCUAAAGGGAAAAAGCAAAUUAGUGAACUCUGUGCCAUGUUGGAAGGUGUUAGUACCAAUAGUGAUCAACUUCCCACGAUGCAAGUUGAUAUAGCUGCCCAGGCACCAGUUGAACAAUAUCUUCUUAAGAAAACAGAGCGGGACAUAGAUGAUGAUUCGUUUGAAGACAUUGAUGAUUUAAACAGUCAGUGUGAAGAUGUACUAAGCAAAUCUGAAGGUGAUUUAAGUGAAGGUAGAACAGCAUUGCAAAGACAGAUGAGUCAUACUAUUGAGACUUAUGAAGGUCAGAUUAAAGAACUGCAAUCACUGUAUGAUCAAGAUGUAUUCUUGCUAGAAAAAGAAAACAAAGAUCUGAAAAUGCAAGUGACAAACUUGAAAGGCAUGUAUGAUGAUAUAAAUAAUGCAAAAAGCAUGUCAAAUCUAAAUACAGAAGAUUUGAAAUACAGUUACGAAGAAAAAUUAAAAGAGAUGAAAGAGUAUUAUGAAAGUUUGCUAAUGCAGAAAGAAAACUCUGUCAAUGAAACAAACGUGAACUUGAAAAGUGAAAAUGAGCAGUUGCGGACAGAUAUAUUAGAUGUUGAAAAGAAAUAUACUGAACUGUUUCAAGCUACUCAAGAUCGCUUUGAAGAAACUCUUCACAAUGAAAUGCAAGAAGAAAUACAAAGUAUAUUAGGGGAGCAACAUCAAAAUAUGCUUCUCAUUCAUCAGCAGUUACAUAAAGAAUUAGGGGAUAUCAAGUCACUACAUACAGAUCAACUAGAAUUAGUAGGAAAAGUUUACAAUGAUGAAAAAUUAACAAAAGAGUCACUAGACGACACAUAUUCAAAUCAGUUACUUAAACUACAGGAAGACAAAAAUAUUGCUGAGAAUGAUGUUUCAGCUUUAAAAGCAGAACUGUUAUCACUGCAGAGAGAAUACGAAUCUUUAAAGCAGCGAUACAGUGUUAUGGAAGAAAGUGUUGAUGCAUUUGGUUUUGAAAAUAAUAAGUAUAAAGAAGAAAUUAAGACACUACAUGAGAAGUGUGCCACACUUACUGACGAAAACAAAGUCUUGGAUGCUGAUUUGUCAAUGAGAGAUGUGCAAAUCUCCAAAUACAAAUCCGAUGUAAGAGAAUUAAACAACAGUGUGUUGGAACUUCAAGCCGGAAUAGAAAAUGAAAUCAAACCAGAAUCACCAAGAAAAAAACGUCAUAUUACGGAGAGAGGUCAUGCUUUACAUGAGGAGAUCUUAGUGUUGCGUGCCAACCUUGACGAUGCAAAGAGUGAUGUGAAAAGCUUGCUAUGCGAAAGAGAGAAAUUUGAAUCGUUAAGUAGCACUUUAAAUGAUGAGCUAAGAAAGUUACAGUCGAGAUUAGAAGAGCAAUCAAGAAUAGACCAAACUCUUAAAAGUGAAACUAAGCGACCAAUUUGUUAUUCUGUUGAAGAAAUACCUGUUGAAGCAGUGUAUGCUGAGCCAGUCGAAGCAGUCAUGGAUGAAUCAUUCUUGUUAAGUUUUGAAGGUAGUGAUGAAGAAAAUAUGACGGAAUCUAUGUUUUUGCCUGAGCAUGAAUCAACAGCUGACUAUGAUUUUUGUCAAAAUGAAUUAUGUGUAAAGACAAAUGAAUAUGCAAAAUCUUUGCAGGAUGAAGUUGAAAAUUUAAAUGAAAAAAUCAAAAUGUUAGAAGAACAGUAUGAGAAGAAAAAGUCUAUGGUUGCUGACAAUGAAGACAUUAAGGUCCUAAAGGAAAAACUUUCAACAAAAGAUCAAGCUGGAAUGCAAUUGCAGGAAACAUUCAGCCGACAACUACUUGAAUCUCAAAAUAAAAAUGCUGAACUUCUUCAACAGAUUGAGAAACUGGGAAAAGAAAAGACUGAAUACCUAAGGGAGAAAGAUGUUCUGAAAGACAGUUAUGAGAAAGACAGGAUUCGUUUUGUCGGAGUAAAGAGAGAAAAUAGUGACCUUAAGGCAAACCUAGAAGAGGUGAUAAAAUCAUUGGCGGAAACUCAAAAGAAGCUUGGGUUGAAAUCAGAAAUACUUGAGAAAGUUGAGAAUCAACUGCAAGUGGAGAAAGAAGAGAUAAGGAAAUUACAAAAAAAAAUUGAAGAUGGUGCUCAAGUUAAGGAAGAGUUAGAACAAGAAAGAAUGUUGUGUCAAAAAGUUCGAAAAAAGUUGACUGAAACACAGGAGGAGCUUGAUGAAGUGACUGCAUCUGUUGACACUUUGUCUAAAUCUGCCGAAGAAAAAUCUGACAAUGAAAAUAAAUUAUUGGAACAGAAUAAAAAUUUAAAGGAAAAACUUGAUAAUUCUAUGGAAAAAAAUAGAAGAGAUGAAGAGGAACAUGCAAAAGAUAAAAAAGAACUUUUAACUGCAUUGAAAAAUAAAGAUCUGGACAUAGAAAAUUUUAAGACAGAGUUAAAGAAGAAAGAUUCAGAAAUUAUCUUGCUGGACAAUCGCUUAAAAUCAGAAUUUGAGGACACACUUCGUUUGCUGAAAGAACAAAUGACCUUAGCCAAUCAAGAGAGUCUAUCUAUUCUUCGAGCAGAUCUUGAUCGUGACCAUCAAAGUAGGAUAGAAGUUAUACAAGAACAGUUACAUCAAGAGUAUGGAGAGGAAAUGGAGAUGUUGAGGGCAGAAUACAAUCUUAAGGUUGGACAGUUAAAAACAGAUCAUGUUGAGGAAAAGAAAGAAUUGAGGGAGAAACUUGAGCAGGAACAACGACAAUUACUUGAAACAUUAAAAGAAACUGAUGAAAAAAUUCGCUCUAAAGAUAUGACCACCCUACAAGAAGAACAUGCAAAAGAGCUGCAAUCCUUGCAGUUAGCUUUAGAAAUGGAACAUAAAGAGAUGGAAAGCAGACUUAAGAAAAGGGCUGUUGAGGAACAAUCUAAAAAGAUAAAAGAACUUGAAACGUUGUUUGAAAAAUCAAAAGCUGAAGAUGCUGACUCACUUAAGGUUCAUUAUGAGGAUGUUUUAGAGAAAGAACUUCAAAACUUGAAAGAUUAUUAUGAGACUGAGAUGGAUAAAGAUAAUCAGACUCAUGAACUUGCCUUAAAAGAUUUAAAGAAUAAAUUAAAGAAAACAUAUGAUGAAGAAUACGAUAAGAAGUUGAAUGAUUUGAAGCAGCAGCAUGAAGAAGAUAAGGAUGUAUAUAGAAAAGCUAUGGAGGAAAAAUUGCAACUUUUAAAAAAUGAUUCAAGUGAAACAAUUAAAACUGUCAUGAAAAGCAAAGAAGACGAAUUGAACAGGAGUUUUGAAAAAAGAUUGGCAUCACAUAAAGAACUUCUUGUUGAAAAAGAAGACAAAAUCCAAGACCAAUUAAAUCGGGAAGAGGUCCUUAAGAAUGAAAUAGCCGAGCUUUGCGAAGAAUUAGAAAAUAUGAAAACAUUUUACGAAAAACAAACUUUAUUAAAAUUAUCUGAAAUUCAAAAAGAAUUUGAGGACGAGCAGCGUGAAAAAGAAAAACAACAUGCUGAUGAAAUAAGUAAAUUACAGCAACUUACUGACAAGUUACAAGAACAGCUGUCACGACUUGAGCUAGACCAUAGAAGUGAAAUAACCAAUUUAAAAGAACUGCAUGAUGCAGAAAUAACAGAUGGCAGAAAUAAUUUUGCAUCCCGUCUUGAAGAUGAGUUGAUUACGUUGAAGCAGGAACAAGAUGCUGAAUUUAUAAACCUUAAAGAGAAGAAUCAAAAGGUUGUGGACAAACUGAAAGCUGAUAUGAACAAUGAAAUAGAACAGUUAAAAGCAAACCAAUCGUCUGCAUUAGAAAGAGAAACUUACAAGCAUGAAUUACAAUUACAUAAUCUAAACUGGAAUUUGUUGGAUGAACUUGCAGAAGCGCACACACAAAUGUUGUUAAGAAAUUCACAAAAAAUUAUACUUGAGCAAGAGAAGUAUGAACAAAAGUUACAAGAAAUGCAAGAGCAAAUAAAUGAUGAACAUAGCAGUCAGAUUGGCCUUCUUAAGAUAAGCCAUGAGAAAGAAGUAGCCAUGUUGUUAGAACAAAUAUCACAACUGCAUGCAGCAAAAGAGAUGAAUUCAGACGAUCAAAAUUAUGCAGAUUCUCUUGAGGAAAGUAUAGAACGUAUAGCAAAUGAUUAUGUUGUGCUGGCAAUUAAUAACUCUCAAGAUGUAAUUAACGCUAAUGAGGAAGAACGACAAAAUAUUUCUACAUUAAUGACCACACCCGUUAAAAGUAAACGAAAGAAAGUUGUAAAACAACCAGGUUCACCAGUGAAGGAGGAUGUAUAUAACAUAUCCUGUUCCUACGAAACUUUUUCAGAAGAAAGUGUUGUUGUAAAUGUGAGAGACUGGUAUACACAAACCGAAGUUAUUGGAACAGAAUUAAAAAAUGAAGUUGAUAAAUUGAAUGCAGAAGUUAAUAGCCGAACAAAUGAGAUUGAAACGUUACAUGCUGAAAUUGCAGAUAUACAAAAGAAUUUCGAUGGAAAAGUGGUCGAGUGGAAAGAAAAGAUUGCGCUUCUUGAAGAUCACCUACAGCAAGCAAAGAAAGAGAACGCUGAUCAAGAAGAGCACAUGGUGCAAGUGAAAACAUUUCACAAUGAGGAAUUAUCUCACCUUCAGGAACAAAUUGAGUUUGAAAGGAAAAUGAAAUCAGCGAAUGAAGAGAGUUUAAGGAAUGCUGUGGAAGAUGCUAAGAUGGAAAUGAUGAAGCAACAUCAAAAUUUGCUGAAUGAGUUUGUGAAAGAGCAGGAAAAAGAAAUGGAUGAGUUAGAACACGAUCAGGCGAAGCAACUGGAACAUAUAGAAGGAGAACAUAUUCGUGAUGUCAAAAUGCUUGGAAAUAAAGUAAAAGAGAAAUUGAUAGCAGAAUUUCUUCAUGUUCCUGCCGAAGAACAAAACAACAGAAAAAAUGACUCGCCAGCAGAAAUUAAGGAGGGUGUUUUGAUCAAAAGUCUUGAUGAUGAUUUAAAGGCAGUAAUUGAUCUCGUUCAAGCAGAACAAUCAAAAAAACUUAACAUUGCACGUGAUCAUGUCCGCGAAGAAAUCGAAAAAGAACAUCUUGAGAGUUUAAGUGAGCUUGAGAAAUGUCUACAACAGAAACAUGUUGAACAACUGGAAAAGCUAGCUGAAUUUCAAAAACAACACGUGCAGGAAGUAGCUGAGUUGAAGCAUGAGAAUGAUAAAAAAGUACAAGGAAUUAUUGAUAAAUAUGAAUACCAAAUUACAACGUUGAAGGCUGAAAUUGUACAGCUUGAUCAGCAGAAUAAAAUGCAUGGUAAAAAUAUAGAAGAUCUUGAGACGGCACACCAACAGGAAAUGGAGUACCUCGAAAAAAAAUUAAAAGAAGCCGCAUCUCAAUUUGAAACAGAAGAAAAUAUGAAAGCAUACAUCAGCAAAAUGACCAAUGAAUCGUUAAACACGAUACAAAAACAACAUGAUGAAGAAAUGAAGCAGUUGAAGGAUUCACUCUCACAGUCCAACGAAGCUCAAUUAAAGCACUUGAAGAAAAUCAUAAAGCUACAUGAACCUACAGAACGUUCAGAUGUAGCAGAAAUAGUGAAGCAGUUGGAAGACAUGAAGAACAUGGUGCAAAAUACUAAUUAUAGUGAACAAUUAAGUGAUAGUAUUGAAAAAAACCAAGAUGAACUAUUGAAAGAACUUGAAGUUCGGCAAGCAACGAUAAAAAAAUUAGAGAUGGAGAAUUCGAAUCUUAAAUCAACAUUAGAAUCUUCUGUUUUUUCACACAAUCAGCUGAAGGAGAAAUUAAAAGAAUAUGAAAUGCAUGCUGAGUCAUUACUGCAACGACACGAUCGACAAGAAGAUGAAAGUUCAAAUCUUGUGAAAAUGCUACAACAUGAAUUGAAUGAUAUCACUGAAGAUAGAAACCAAUUGAAGAUAAACAAUGUAUCACUGUCCAACUCGUUGACAGAUAUGGUAAAGUCAGUAGUCAAAGUGGAGGACUUAAUUCAUCACAAGAUUGAUAAGCUAAUCACCGAACACGCUACAGCUAGGGAUUCUUCUCAAACUAAUAUAUUUGCUGACCUGGCUUUAGAAGGUCAUGAACCAAAUGAAUUUAGUAAAAGUCUACUGGAUAUCUCAGAUUAUAGCUUAAAACAAACCACAGUGGAUUUAGAUGAUGAAGAACCUGCUGGUGUUGACAUGAGUGCUUUUAUACUCGAAAACGCUAAAGCAAUUGAAGAAAUACCAAAAAGAUUGAACGUGGUUGUUGAGCAGUUAUUGCAACUCCUCAAUGUUACAACACAGGAGCUUCAAGAGAAUCAUUCAGCGUAUGAGCAGCUUUCAACAGCACACGAAUCUGCAACUGAAGUGACAAGAAAACUUGAACAUGAAAAGGAAACGCUAGCAGAACAGCUUGCAGCAGUUGAGUCAGACUUUGCCAAUAUUGAAUCCAUCAUUCCCACUAUGGAAGAGCAGAUUCAAGAACUACAGAAUUUGAACGAAAAUGUUGCCGAAAAAAACGAAGAGUUACUCACAGAGGUUGAAGCCAAAGAUCAGGAAAUUGCGAAUCUUCAUGAUCAAAUAUCAAAAGCUGCAGAGUUAUAUGAAAACUUAGAAGCGGAAAGUAAAGCAGCGAAGGAAAAAAUGUUGAAAUGUGAAAAACAGUUAGAAGAAUCGAAUCUAAAAUUUCACGAUGAACGUGAACAAAACAAAUGUCUGAUGGACGCAAAGAGAAAAAAAGAAAUUGAGAUAGCUGAAUUAAAGACAGAACUUGAGAACGAACGUUAUGCGAGAAAGCAGGAAGAUAUUGCGUUUCCAAGAAAAAUAUCGAAAAGUUCUUUUGAUGUUGAUCAAGAGAACGAGAAGAUGAAAGAAGAGAUACUGGCAUUGCAUCAGGUGAUUGAAGAAAUGACAACAGAGUUUAAAGCUAAUCAGAAAAAGUUACUCGCUGAACGAGCUUCUUCCGAGUUGGUGAGUAAAACAGAAGAAGCGUUGUGUAAAAAAAAUAACGAUUUACAAAAACUUCAGGCUGAAACUUUACAAAAAAACGAAGAACUCUCCACUGCAUUGGAUGAAAAACAUGAAGAAGUUGCAGAAGUGAAAGUUCAACUAGCAAAAGCAAAUGAGAACUAUUUACAAUCUGAGAUGGAGUGUGCGGAAUUGAAAGAAGCUUUGACAAAAUUUUCCGAACAGAUUAAAGAAUUCCAAGUUAAGUUUGAUGACGAGUUACAGAAGAGGGAAAAUCUAGAGCAUGUGAACAAGGAAAAAGAGAAGGAGGUGGUGGAAAAAGAGAAGGAGGUAGCGAAGCUGAAAACUGAACUUUCUGAGGAGCGAGCUAAACGAGACGAAGAAGGAAUAUUGUUAAAACAAUCUUCGAACGAUAUGGUAGAAUCCGAAAACGAAAAGACAAGAUUAAGAGACGCUGUGCGUGCUUUAAAAGAAAAUGUGGAGCAGUUUGAAGUCGAAAAAGUAAAUCAUGAUAAUAAAAUAGCGGAGUUGAAAGACAAACUCGAAGCAGAACUGUCUGCUCGAAGUAAGGAUGCUGUGCUUUUUAAACAAUCUUCGAACGAUCUUUUGAAUGCUCUUAAUGAGAAAGCUAAGUUAAAAGAUGAAAUACAAGCUUUGCAACAGAAUAUGAAACAGCUGAAAGAAGAAAAGAUGCAACAAGAGACAGAAUUAAGGAAUCUUCAAAACCAACUUGGAAAGGAAAACAGUGAGCGAAAUAAAGAGAUUUUGUUGAUGAAGCAAUCAUGUAAAGAUAUGCUGAAUUUCGCGCAGGAGAACGAACAGCUUAAAGAAGAAGUGAAGACAUUGAAUCAAGCGUUGGAACAGUUAUCAGAGGAGAAAAAAGAUCUGUACACCCAACUAAUUGACAGUGGUUUUCCCGUUACUGAUGGUAUCUCGUCUCUCCAUUCCACCGCCAUCAGCAACCCAGCAAAAGAUGCCCAACUUACAAGUACCAAUAAACAUGGAAGUCAAGAUGACAACUCACUGUCAGACGAAAGGACUUACACAAAAGAAAAUGAAGAUAUACUAAGAGACAAUGAAGAUAAUUUGGAGCAUACACCAUACUCUUCUCUACUGCAGCAAUCCGACUCGAUAACAAUCGAAAACUUGGAUACCUAUAGUGUAUCAUCACAACGCACUGAAUUGAAUGUUGAUCAACUGCCUGCCACUGACUCUGUGAUGCAACAUCUACAGGCAAUGCAAGAUGUUUUAAAUAAGAACAUUGAUAGAAUAUUUGAUGAGAAUGAACUACUGGUCGCACGAGAUGUGAUUGGACAACUGGACGAAUUCAUUCUACAUUCCAAUCCCGAAAAACAUUCAGGAAAGCAGCACGAUGCUGAAAAACAUAGCAAGAUGAAGAUGUUAUUAUCAGACCUUCAAAAGGAGGCUGAUGAUGUUUUAGAUCUGGUUUUAAACGAUCCUGGAGCUACAGGUGUUGUAAGUAUUGAUGUAGUACGAAAUAUGCAAGGAGAAUGGAGAGAAGAAAAGGAAAAUCUAAUGGCAAUCAUUAACUCACUUAAAGAUAUCAUUGCAUUGUUCAAAGGCAAUCCAAAAGGCAAAAAGUCUCCUUCUAAUGCACGAAGAAAACGACAAGAUCUUAUUGAAGCUGUGAAAAAAUAUUUUGAAAAGGAACAAGAAGCUCUUCUUUCUGAAAAUAACCAAUCCAAACAUCGUGUAAAGGUUGAACAGAAUGCUCUCGUUGAAGAUUUAAAGCAAGAGGAUCGCAACAUGCUUAUUGAGGAGAUUCUGUCGUUACAAGGUACGUUAAAAGAAUGCAAACAUGAUAACCAGUUGCUUCUUGAUAAUGUGCAACAACUUCAGGAGGUCACUGAAACAUCGGUGAGCGAGUUGAAAGCUCAAGAACUCAAACAUCAACAUCUUUUGAAAGAUAAAUUGCAUUUGGAUGGCAGAGUUGCUGAUUUGUUGAAGUUGCUCAACCAAGAAGAGGCGAAAGCUGAUCAAGCUACAUCCGAACUUUCCAAAGAGAAAAGCAAAUGUAAAGAUUUGGAAGAUCAAUUGGAAGAUGUUGAAGCUGAAGUUAACCGUUUGCAGCAAACUUUACAAAAUGAACAGAAAGGCCUCAGUGAAUUAAUAUCACAGGAUCGAGGUAUUGUUACUAACUUGGAAAAUAUGUUGCAGGAAGAAAUUCGAAAAAACGAUAGCUUGAAAGAUCGUCUCAAAUCUGCAGUAAAUGAAAACAAUAAAAAUAAAGAGCUUCUCCACUCUCAAGAAGACCAGCUAACUGCUGCAACUUUGCAACAAAAACGUUUUGCUGCGCUCUUGGCGCGCGAAAAAGACGAAAAGGCUUCCAUGAAAACAGCACUUGUGAGAGAACAGGACGAAAAACCAUCGAUGAGGUCAGCACUCGAAAAAGCUGAAACUGAGAAUGAAUUAUUAAGAUCUGAUUUGGCGAGAGAAAAGGAUGAAAAGGCGUCUUUGAAAUCCGUACUUGCCUCAGAAAGACAAAAAUAUUUCAAAUUUAAAGAUAUGAUGAUGAAUAAGGACAAGGAAACACAGGAAAAACUCCAACAUGCUGAAGAUGUACUGAACAACAUGAGAAAGGGUGCAGACGAGAAGGAGGACAUGCGUUCACGACACGAGAGAGAUCUUUGUUCCAAAAUACGUCAGUUGGAAGCUUUGAAUAGAAACCUACAAGAACAAAUAUCUGGUAUGCAGGGUGUGGCGUGUCAAAGUGAAAAGACCAUGAAGAGUAAAAUAGACAUUCUCGAAAAUAUUAAUAAAAGCCUUCAAAAUGAUGUUGACGAGAUGGAAAUGUGCUUUGUUGAUGGUUCAUCACAUCCACUAAAUAAUAAUGCGAAGCCAAGUAGAAACGGUUCAUCCUUUCAUGAAAGUUAUGCUCCAGAAGAUGAACAGAGACCUGAGAAAGAAGAAUUAUCUGGCGAUGGUAAGCGUUUAGUAAAAGCUGGAUGGACUAUUGCCAAGGUUCAGCGAUUAUAUCUCAAGUAUUUCAGAGCAGAAAGUUUUCGAAAAGCACUUGCCUACCAAAAGCGUUACUUGCUUUUAGUUUUAAAGGAAAAUGGAAAAGCUGAACAAUUUUCUUCCCCUUUUAAUACACCAUUAAGUUUAUCUACAAAAAGAAAUUCUCGAUUUAAAGUUUUAGCUUUUGCUGUUGUCGCUAUAAACCGUAUGAAGUAUUUAGUGCGAAAAUACCAGCAUAAUCUUCGAAAAUCUUCUCCAGAAUAUCAGUAUAAAGACAGUCGCCAUAAGCCGCAUCGUACACCCGACACUGAUAAAAGCAUACAACAUCGACCUCGCUACUCAGAGGCGACGACGUUACAAAAAUCUCCAGUUCAAAACACAAAUAAAAACUGGCAUUACAAAUCUGACAUUUCCAAAACACGUGAUAAGGACUCGCAUUUAAGAACUCAUUCACCUGCUUCUAUGUAUCUACCGUUGGGUUCAUCGAGACCAACGUUGUCUGCCACAUCCGCUAGUAGCAUGUUGGACAAUCAGCGUAGCAACUACAGUAGUCCACCACGCUCGUAUCCGCGACCGCUUCGUGGUGAGAAUGCACAGAAAGAAUACUCGGAUCACAACACCGAUACUAGUUCUCGCAGUCCGCACUCACCACGUGGCACAUACACUGAAAAACAAAUCGCGGAAAUGUCUUCGGGAACAAAUACAUCCCUGAAUAAAUAUAUAGAUAAAUUAGAAGCGUUACGUUUAAGGUUGCAAACACACUCACGAUAAGUGAUUUAUUUACUUAUUUAUGAUCCGAACUACGUUUGUUUACGUUGUUCUCGUUAGUUAAAUUAUCUUGAUAAUAAAAUUUAUAUUUAGCUAUGA